CAGCAAAACGUUUUUCCAGCACAAACGGGUUUCGGUCUUUCGGGCAAAGCAGGAAGUGAAAGCCGUGCGCCCUGAAAACAAAAGCUGGAGAAAACACCCAAAGUAUACAGACUGAGAAAUGGAGAUGGUUUGUGAAAGUGGGACAUGUAGACUCUACCGGAGUGCUGGUGAAGCAGGGCAUCCACCUAUUUACAAACGGAUUCGUGCAGAAAUUGCAGCCAAUCACCAGAGUUGCUUGCUGAAACAACUAGACCAGCAGAGGCAACAGGAAUUGUUUUGUGACUGCAGCAUACUGGUGGAGGGACAAAUUUUUAGAGCACAUCGUAAUGUUCUGUGGGGCAGCAGCGGAUACUUCCGGAUGCUGUUAUCUCAGGAAGCUAAAGUCACUCAGAACUCAGUAAGUGCUUCUUUUGAUGUCUUCAGCUCUGCAAUUUUUUUGAUUAUCUUGGACUUUAUUUAUUCUGGUCAACUGGAGCUCAACAGUUCCAAUGUAAUAGAGGUGAUGUCAGCAGCCAGCUACCUGCAGAUGAAUGAUGUAAUUUCCUACUGCAAAACCUUUAUUAAAUCUUUUCUCGAAAUCAGCGCGAAAGACGAUGACGAAAGUCAGUACUUGUGUCUGUCGGAGGGCAGUCCACCUCAAGACAGACACGAGAAUGUCAUCGAGCCAUCCACUAUGUGUGAUGUAAGCACAAGGCCACAGACCAGAAGCUGGGAGAACCAAGAGGAGGACCACACAACAGAGGAUAUCAGAGGAGCCAUAGUCUCCAGUCCACAGCCAUCAGGGCUUCAACAGAACUCUCCACCACAGCCCAGUCUAGAGUCACAGAUAGAGGAGGAACAGUUUAGCUCUGUGCUGUCUGAACACAGAAGAAGAGGAAGCAGGAAAAGAACUGCGACCAGUCGCUUUGUAACAGAAGACACAUCGCUCAUUGACCUAGAGGGGGUGGUAUCACACUGCACUCAGAAGGCAGAUGAGCUGUAUGCCAACCUUCCAUCAAUUGUUGGGGUAGUUGGUGUGUUUAAUAAAGAUUCCACUCCCUCUAUGCGUUAUAAAUGUCCUUUCUGCACGCACACAGUAAAAAGGAAGGCAGAUUUGAAGCGACACCUCCGCUGUCACACAGGUGAGCGUCCGUACCCCUGCCAGGCCUGCAGCAAGCGUUUUACUCGCCUAGAACACCUGCGUAGCCAUUUUGAGACGAUCCACCAGGCUCGUAAACUGGUUUGCAGGAAAUGCAAACGUCAUGUAACCGAGAUCAAUGGACGAGUGGUGAGCGAGGGAACUCGCAGAUAUAGACUGUGCAAUGUUUGUAUUCAAGAGAGUGGCUAUAAUGAGUUAAUUACACAUGGAAAUAAAGAGAAGGAAGGGCUAUUGUUCGAGGUGGAAGAGGACACAAGUGAGGACAGGGAAAUGACGUGGGUGAUGGAUGAUGAUGAACUUGCAGAAGAUUCUGGUGCAGAUCUCAUCAUCCAGGAGGUGGACGACAGCGAUGAGGACACCAGUGGAAAGUGAUGAUUAUGAUCAUCCUGACAGUCUCUUGUGUUAUCAUUUCAGAAAAGAGAUUAUUGUGUGGUUUGUAUAAUUUCAAUUGUUCUCACUUAAUAUAGAAAUACUAAAAUAUCAAAAUACUGCUUUUAUAAAAUAAAAUUUUAUUUCUGUAAUUUAAAUAUAAAUAUAGUUUAUUUCAAAAUGACAUUUACAGAAAAAAUGACAAUGUGGUUUAACAAUCUCAUGCAAUGGGACAGAUCUUUCUGACAUUCUAUUGUUUUAUUCUUGCCAUUGACUAUAAUUCUUCACAGCAGUUUUUAGUGUUCACAGUUAAAUUAACACAAAGAUUUAAGCAUAUAAUUGCAUACUGUGUUGCAUGGAUUCAGCGUACAUUUUCCUACUUGUUGUGUACUUAUUUAUGCAAAAACAAUUUGUUAAAAGUCACAUGCCCAACAUAAACUUUGUCUGAAAAUAAAAUAUUACAUAUAA